CAGACGGCAGAGCCGCCACAGCGGAACCUCCAUCUCGAUGUUUCCAGUCGGACAUCAUUAGAGCGCGGACUCGGGACCACCAGGGGGAGUCAUGAAGUUUGUGUCUCGAGACUUUCACUCCUGAGAAAAUGGCGACAGUUGACGUGAUGUUCGCGUCCUCGGCGGAGCGCACGGAGCUCCUCAGAGGGCUCGUGGCGGACAAACUGAGCACCGCCGCGCGGGAGAUCCUCGCGGUGGUGGACAGAACUGUGGCCGGGUUCGAGGAGGAGGCGUCGGGUCUGAGGCAGGUGAUCGACCGGCAGAGGAGGCAGCUGCAGGUCACUGUGCUCAGGAUAGAUGAGGAGUUUCCUGUCUGUGAGCUGACAGCUGGAGGAGGAACUGAGGAGCACAAAUCUGAGCCCAGUGCGUCUUUAAAUCCACUUUUACAUUUUCUGCUUCAUGAUGCUUCAAACAUCUUCCAAUGUCAACACGAUUACACAAAAACUGCUGACUGUGAACGACUGAAACCUUCAUCUCUGAUCCAGAGGAACCUGUGUGUGAGGAAGAGGAGGCUGGAGGACAGGAACUCCCCGAGGACGAAGAGCAACCAACACGUAUGUCCAGUACAAGAACUGCCGCCUGCAGGAGUCAUCCUGGACCUGCUGAGGUCCACCUUCCCUCAGCUAACUGGAGGGUUUGACGUCUUCACAGUCGGCUCCAACAGGAAACUGAAGCUGACACCAGAGGAGAUCCAGCGGUCCAUCAGAUCCACAGGGAAAGGAAGAUCAGCGCUGUAUAUCAGAGAUAAGAGAGCAAAGACGCCCCCGACCAGCCCAGAACAACUUCCUCCUCCAGAGAAAACAGAUGAAAACACCGCCGAUAGAUGUCGAGAUGAUAACAGAUCUCAUGUGAGUUCCGACCACAGUCCUGUUGAAAACGUGGAGAGCAACAAAGCGACUCAUCAGUCCGGCAACUCAAGACAGCAGCAACAUGUGAAGGUGGAGAAAGACGGGCAACAACGUGGAACAUCACAGGACUCUGGUGGCUCUUCUUCUGCCCACGCUGCUGCUGAGAGCGAAGGAGAUCAUGGAGAUGAUGAUGAUGAGGAGGUGGUGGAAGACGACGACAGAGAUGAUGAAUGGAAGCCGGAUAAGAAGGACAAGGAGCUGAGUGAGGACCAAACUAAGAGAUGGAAACAGAAGGAGGCGUCGAGUGAAAACAGCGAUGCUGCUCUGUCCUGUAAAGUCUGCCAGACUCUGCACGGGUCAAAGAACAUGUUGAUCAAACACGCCUGGACUCACGCUGACGAUCCGGAGAGGCUUUGUGGAGCGUGUGGAGAACGUUCAGAGUCUGCAGACGAGCUGAGAAGUCAUCUUCAAGCUCACCUGAAGACACACAGCUGUGAUCUGUGGAAAGUCUUUCCUCACUGCUGCUAGUCGACGUAGCCAUGCUGCGCUACACACCGGAGAGCGACCGUACAAAUGUGAAAUGUGCUAUAAAACAUACACAUGCUGGACUGGUUUGAGAAAUCACCUGUGGCAACAUGUGGACGAGAAACCGCACAAAUGUGGCGUCUGUGAUCAGUCCUUGCUUUGCAGCUGAGGAUCCACAGCAGCAGCCACACCGGAGAGAAGCCCUACUGCUGCGCCGACUUCCGAGCGCUGUCCCGAGCUGUUGCACGUGGGGAUGAAAUAUUUCUGCUGUCAGGUUUGUGGGAAGCGUUUUAGAACUUCUGCAAAACUGAAAAUGCACGAGAAAAUUCACUCGGAGUGAGACAAAGCGUUUCUCUGUGACGUUUGCUGCAAAAUGUUCUACACGAGAGGUGAGCUGAAGGUUCACCUGAGGACACACACCAAGGUGACAAUCACCUGCACCGAGUGUGGCAAGGGCCUGUCAUCUAAAGGAGCUCUGAACAGACACAUGAUCGUCCACGCCGGGGAGAGGCCGUACCAGUGCUCAGAGUGCAGCCUGCGCUUCAACGGCAUGAGCAACCUCACCGUGCACAUGAAAAUCCACACGGCUGUCAAAUCGUACGUCUGCAGGGUUUGUGGUUGCUGCUGACUGUGGUCACAAACACUGAGGGGGGAUCAGCAGCGUUGGCUCCAGGCGGUGCUGGUCGGUCCAGAGCUGAAUGAACUGGACCGCAUUCCUCCACAUUCUGCUCAUUGGAAACAACUGGACCAGAAAAGGUUCUGUGGACUCAGGAGACUUUAACUCCGGGACCUCACAGACUGAAGUGGAGUGUUUGAG